AUGGCCCAUCGAGCGCUUUUACCACGAGAGGGGCAGCGUCACGAGCCGCCCAGCGCUGAAGAGCCAACCCCAGUUAAGCGUCGAUUGAUAUCUGCCGCCUGUAACAUUUGCAGAAAGAAGAAGAUAAAAUGUAAUGGACGGCGACCGGUCUGUGGACACUGCGAGCAAGCAAACCAUCCAUGCCAAUACGCGGUGCCAGAAGGCAUGACCGCCCGCCAAGCACUAGUCCAACAAAACGAAAGCUUGACUGAGAGAAACCGGGUUCUGUACACGGCAUUUGAGAAGCUGAGAGACGAGGGGAGAGCUGCAGACGUGCUUCGACACAUCAGAGAGGCGUCGUCAACUGAGGCUGCAAUACAUUCCAUAUCCGAUGCCCUCCUGCUCCUCCCACCUUCGAAUAGUGGUAUUGUGCCAUCGAGUGGGCAAUCCACCGCCACUAAUUCUAAACCAUUGCUUCACCAGGCAUUUUAUAGCAGUCUCAAGGCCUCGAAGAGACUCGGCUUUAGGGAAGCCCAGGCCUCUGUCAUAUUGGACUGGCCAAAGGUUGAAUCACUUGGAAUUAAUGAUAGUUUGAACGGGGUGGUUGUCAAUGUGGCAACUGAGAGUCUCCCCAUCUCCAAAUGGACGCGAGCUUCUAGUGACGAUGUGCAUCUCACGCAUUUGUUCAAUCUUUUUUGGACAUGGGACAAUUCGAUUUCGAGAGUGAUAGAUCGGGACAUAUUUAUGGCUGAUCUGAAGAAUGUGGCUAGCCCUGGGCAAGACUACAGCUCAAGCGUGGGAGAAUUCUGCUCAUCAUUCAUGGUGAAUGCUUUGCUCGCAAUGGCUUCUAUGUAUUCAUCAGAUGAGAGGGACCUCACCGUGCCGGGAGAUGUCAUGACGCGAGGGCGAGCUUUCGCAGACGAAGCAUAUCGGCUGUUUGAGAAAGAAAAGACUUAUUCACGACCGUCUUUAACGCUAACACAGGGUGCGGCUCUUCUGUGGAUGUACGAAUCCAAUAUCGGUGACGGCGCUCUAGGACUUCGGAUAUUGGAUGAGCUGUACUCCUUUUACUCAGACUUUGCAUUUGGUAAUCCGGAGCCCAAAGAUUCUGCUUAUUCACCUAGAUCACUAGAUGCGACUAGAUGGAAAGCUAGGUCCCACUUGGCUUGGGGAUUCUAUUGUGUUGCUGCAAAGGUUGAACUUACAUUUUCGAGACCGAUGAGAAUCAGCAAACCCGCCAUCACUAGAUGCUUAGGCGACAGUGGCUCAAGCCCUUUUAGCAACCAUAUCUCGCCUGGAUCUUGGUUUGCCUACCCAGUGUCGGUGGAAGCCCACGACUCAUGUUAUGGAGAUAUGUUCCAGGCAGAAUGCGACCUUGCAAAGUUAAUCGAAGAGCUACUAAUUUUUCGCGAAGCUAAUCACGUCAAAACUGCAUCUCCUAAUGUUCUAGAAGGCGUUGGAAACAUGUAUAAAAAACUCAUGAUUUGGAAACAAUCGCUUCCAGAUUGUUUACAGCCAUCAAGUUCCGAGCUUCCGUCUGUAAUAAUGUUACAUAACACCCAUGGAGCCGCGGUUUUGAAACUCUUAGAAGGAUUGCCAAAUGCCCCGGGGGGUAUUGACGGCCAGGGUUUGGAAACGCUUCGCAUCGCUCAUGCCACAUCCACAAUGUCUGGGGUAUGGAUAUACAGGUCCCAAUACGCCCUUGGACGAGAAUACUGGGCAAUACAGGGCUGUUUCGCUGCGGCAACCGCAGUACUCGGGUAUCUGUCUCCUGGCGCAGUUCAGGUAGAUACCUUCAUUAAGGCAUGCCAAGCUUUGGCCGAGAUGAGCGUCAUAUUGCCACUUGCGGGUUCAUUUUUGGAGGGUAUUCAGCAGCUCGUAUCGCUUCAUAACAUAGCACUGCCCCGUUACGGGAUGAAAUACUUGGUUGCGCCGCAAAAUCAACAAGGUAGGGCGUAUACGUCUGCUAUUAGGGUGUCUACAACGUUUCGAGGUGAAGAGUCCGGUGCUAUUGAUGGGAACGAAAGCCACAAACAACGCGACCUUACAUUUGAAGAUUUAAUUUACGACAGAGAUGUGGCCGAAAUGGAAACAGACUAG